CUGCUCGCGCCCAAAAUGGCGCCACCGCCCCGCGCGCCCCCGGCGGCCGCCGAGCCCGUGCGCGCGCCCUGCGGGGCGGGGGCGCCGGGAACGCGGCCGGGCGCGGGCGCGCGCGCAGCUUCACGGCGGCUGUGCGCAUGCGCGGCGGGGGCGGGCUCUGCCGAGCACGGAGCUGCAGCCGCGGAGCCGGACGUGUCCGCGAAGAUGGCGGGCCGGAGUAUGCAAGCUGCAAGAUGUCCUACAGAUGAAUUAUCUUUAACUAACUGUGCAGUUGUGAAUGAAAAGGAUUUCCAGUCUGGCCAGCAUGUGAUUGUGAGGACCUCUCCCAACCACAGGUACACGUUUACUCUGAGGACCCAUCCAUCAGUGGUUCCAGGGAGCAUUGCAUUCAGCUUACCUCAGCGAAAAUGGGCUGGACUUUCUAUUGGGCAAGAAAUAGAAGUGUCCUUAUAUACAUUUGACAAGGCCAAACAAUGUAUUGGCACAAUGACCAUUGAGAUUGAUUUCCUGCAGAAAAAAAGCAUUGACUCCAACCCUUAUGAUACUGACAAGAUGGCUGCAGAAUUUAUUCAACAGUUCAACAACCAGGCAUUCUCAGUGGGACAGCAGCUUGUUUUUAGCUUCAAUGAAAAGCUUUUUGGCUUACUGGUAAAGGAUAUUGAAGCCAUGGAUCCUAGCAUCCUGAAGGGAGAGCCUGCGACAGGUAAAAGACAGAAGAUCGAAAUAGGACUGGUUGUUGGAAACAGUCAAGUUGCAUUUGAAAAAGCGGAAAAUUCAUCACUCAACCUUAUUGGCAAAGCUAAAACCAAGGAAAAUCGCCAGUCUAUCAUCAAUCCUGACUGGAACUUUGAAAAGAUGGGAAUAGGAGGCCUGGACAAGGAAUUUUCAGACAUUUUUCGACGAGCAUUUGCUUCCCGAGUAUUUCCUCCAGAGAUAGUGGAGCAGAUGGGUUGCAAACAUGUUAAAGGCAUCCUGUUAUAUGGGCCCCCAGGUUGUGGUAAGACUCUGUUGGCUCGACAGAUUGGCAAGAUGUUGAAUGCAAGAGAGCCCAAAGUGGUCAAUGGGCCAGAAAUCCUUAACAAAUAUGUGGGAGAAUCAGAGGCUAACAUUCGUAAACUCUUUGCUGAUGCUGAAGAGGAGCAAAGGAGGCUUGGUGCGAACAGUGGUUUGCACAUCAUCAUCUUUGAUGAAAUUGAUGCCAUCUGCAAGCAGAGAGGGAGCAUGGCUGGUAGCACAGGAGUUCAUGACACUGUCGUCAACCAGUUACUGUCCAAAAUUGAUGGGGUAGAGCAGCUGAACAACAUCUUAGUCAUUGGAAUGACCAACAGACCAGAUCUGAUAGAUGAGGCUCUCCUUCGACCUGGAAGACUGGAAGUUAAAAUGGAGAUAGGCUUACCAGAUGAGAAAGGCCGACUACAGAUCCUUCACAUCCACACAGCAAGGAUGAGAGGGCAUCAGUUACUCUCUGCUGACGUAGACAUUAAAGAGCUGGCUGUAGAGACCAAGAAUUUCAGCGGUGCUGAACUGGAGGGUCUGGUGCGAGCAGCACAGUCCACUGCUAUGAACAGACACAUAAAGGCCAGUACUAAAGUGGAAGUGGACAUGGAGAAAGCAGAGAGCCUGCAGGUGACAAGAGGAGACUUCCUUGCUUCUUUGGAGAAUGAUAUCAAGCCAGCAUUUGGCACAAACCAAGAGGAUUAUGCAAGUUACAUUAUGAAUGGUAUCAUCAAAUGGGGUGAUCCAGUUACUCGAGUUCUAGACGAUGGGGAGCUGCUGGUUCAGCAGACUAAAAACAGUGACCGUACUCCAUUGGUUAGCGUCCUUUUGGAAGGCCCUCCUCACAGUGGGAAGACGGCUUUAGCUGCGAAGAUUGCAGAGGAAUCCAACUUCCCCUUCAUCAAGAUCUGUUCUCCUGAUAAGAUGAUUGGCUUUUCUGAGACAGCCAAGUGUCAGGCCAUGAAGAAGAUUUUUGAUGAUGCAUACAAAUCCCAGCUCAGUUGUGUGGUUGUGGAUGACAUUGAGAGACUGCUUGAUUAUGUCCCUAUUGGCCCUCGGUUUUCUAAUCUGGUGUUACAGGCUCUCCUUGUGUUACUGAAAAAGGCACCUCCUCAGGGCCGCAAGCUUCUUAUCAUUGGGACCACUAGCCGCAAAGAUGUCCUUCAGGAGAUGGAAAUGCUUAACGCUUUCAGCACCACCAUUCACGUGCCCAACAUUGCCACAGGAGAGCAGCUGCUGGAGGCUUUGGAGCUUUUGGGCAACUUCAAGGAUAAGGAACGUACCACGAUUGCACAGCAAGUCAAAGGAAGGAAGGUCUGGAUAGGAAUCAAGAAGCUACUGAUGUUGAUUGAGAUGUCCCUACAGAUGGAUCCUGAAUACCGUGUGAGAAAAUUCUUGGCCCUCUUAAGAGAAGAAGGAGCUAGCCCCCUUGACUUUGAAAAUGGACUGUUUGCAAACACACAGUGACCAAGGGAAAGGACCAAGGUGAAGAUGGCUUGAGAUCUUCCCUCGAUUUAUUCAAGAUACUGGAUGACCUUCACCACGUGCUCACUCUGCAUGAUUAGUGCAAUAAAACUUCCUUCCGUAUGCUUAUUGAGAUAUUCUGCUGUUUUGUGGAAGGUGCAAAUUUGCUUUAGAGCGCUGUGCUUACCUUUCCUUGCAAGCUAAGGUGAUUCCUUCCUCCUCGGUCUUUCAGUGUGGGAGACAUACUGUACUUGUGAACACUACACGUUUUAAGCUCCCCGCCACCACCACUACCACCCAGAAACCUCUCAAUAAUCGUGAUGAUGUUGCAAAACAACACUUGACCUGUUAGAAGGGAGACUUUCUACGUGUAAAUGAGGAACAGUGAGUGAGCAAGGGCAUGGCUUCAGAGGGUUAUCGCCCAACUUCCCUAUGCUGACACUAAAGAGAACUGGGUAUUUGGUUAGAAGUUCUCCCAGAAAACUGUCUCUUACCUUUGCCUGAAGAAACAGGGCUUUGAAUUUCUAAGAUGCUCUUCUCCGUCAUUUUCAGACAUGUGUCCAAGUUUCAAUCAGGAGAUCUUUCUUAAGAAAAAGUCAGAUCGUAACUGGUGGCUGUGACAUCCCCUUAAUGUAACUAAUUUGCUCUGUCGUAAAAGAUAUGCUAAUCAUUACCACUUCUCAGCACUAAUUAGUGUCCAACUCUAAAUGGGUCAAUUCCUUAGUAUAAUAUUAAAAGCAUGUUAGUAUCACCACUUUUCUUUUUUCCUUAACUUAAUGGCUUACUUAGAAUGCAUCCUUCCUUUAUUUUAAAUGAUCUGUACUAUCUAGCAUCUAAAUAAAACACUAUUCUACAGAAAAAAUAAACCUCUUUCUAGCCCUGUCCCCUUGGUCCUUUAACGUCCAUUCCAAUACAUUUCACACGUUUCCUUUAGCCUCUCCAUGCUGCUUCAAAGGGGAGGAGGUGGGUGGUUUGUCUCAGGACUGAGUUAGAGGGAGUUUGACUAGGUCACCGUGUUUGGUGGUGAGAUUUAGGGAGCAUGCCACUCUCCCCACUGCUGCUGAACAGGCGAGGACAGGCCCUCAGAAGCCGCCUGAAGGUGCUUACCGCCACCCGCCAGGCUUAUUGCCGCAGGGGCACUUGGGGGUAGCAUUGUCAUUUGUCCCCAUGGUAGAAGGCAAAUUAUCUCCAGGUCUUGCUAUCUGUAUAUUUUUGGUAGACUUCGAUGUCGUGUUGACUUUGUUUUGGGUUUUCAUCCCUAGCUUAUUUUGUGGCUUUUUAAACAGUGGAUUGUAUUGUGAAAUUCUGUGAUUCCUGGUGACCAGUGUCCUGGAUUCCCUUAUCUAUUUUAGAUCUUUUCCCUUCCCACAAAAGCAAACAUUGUAUUAAUUUAUGUCUCUUGUUAAAUGAGGUUAAUGUCUUUGUGUUUUGUCUAAAACUAUAUUGAAAAAUAUAAAUAUUAUAUUGUUUAAUGCAAAUGAAGGAAUGCAAUAAAGAGUACAUAUACUUGAAAACA